AUGGAAGAACAAAAAGAACCACAAACAUCCAAUGCAAAUACUCCUUCUUCUAAUGCUGCUGUGCCACCACCACAAUCAACAACAUCAAUAUCAUCGACAGCAUCAACUCUUCAAGAUGUUGUUAUGGAAGAUGCCUCUUCUUUGUCUGCUGCUCCUACUGAGCUUAUUAGUAAUAAUGAAAAAGAUUCCACUGAAGAUACUAUUGAAUUGAAUAAAGGGAAUAAUCAAAGAAUAGUAGAAGAAUUUCAAUAUCUUUUAGAAAAAAGUCAACAAUUAUUUGCUGGUUUAAGAGAUCUCCCACCAACUGGUGGACGUCAAUGGCAACCUUAUUUCCAACGAACUUUUGAAGUAUACACGAAGGACAAUUAUGGACUUAAACGUUGGGAAGUUGGUGAAAUUGCAUCAAAGAUCGGACAACUUUAUUAUCAUUACUACUUACGAACAAGCGAAACAAAUUAUCUUCAUGAAUCUUAUAUAUUUUAUGAAGCAAUUAGAGAACGUGCAUAUUUUAAAGAUAUUCUUGACGUUAAAAAUCCAGCAUUAAUGAUCAAGAAAUUAAGAUAUUAUGCAAGAUUUAUUGUUGUGUGUCUAUUGCUAAACAACAGAGAAAUAGUACAAAAACUUAUGGAUGAAUUGAGCGGUCUUGUUGAUGAUUAUAUAAAAAAUUUUAAACCAGUUGAUUCGUUGGAAUGGCAACUAGUGCUACAGGAAAUUGGUACAUUUCUAGAGGCUGAAAGGAAACUGGUUCCGACGACACCAGAUGGUCACAUGUUAUCUUUUCCACGUCGUUUACAGAUCGAGCGCAGUCCAAGACAUGAUAAAGAUGGUACACUCAAAUUAAAACUUCAGGAAGCAAUCUUGGUUGGAAAUUAUCAAAACCAAAUAAAAUUUUCAGAAUUAACACUUGACAUGUAUCAUAUAUUACAAUCAUUGGAACGUGAACCAUUGCCACUACCUAAAAGUGUGCCAAAUAAACCAUCGGGAUCAACAGAAAAUCCGAUAUUAAAUGAACGAAUUGUAAAAGAAGAUCAAAUAACUGAUGAACAAGCAUCAAUUGCAAACGCGCCUACUAAUUCAACUGUGCCUCCAAAUUCAAAUGCACCUACAAACUCACAAUCAACACCAACAGCACCAGUACCACCUCCUGGCAAUGAGAAAGCUGCAUUCCGUAGAGUUAACCCUCAUAAAUAUCUCCUUUAUAAACCGACAUUUAGUCAAUUAAUGGUUUAUAUUGCUACAGCAUUUAAAGAAACAACCGAUAAUUCAGCCUUUUUACUUUACAUUUCUGCAGAUGGAGCAAAAUCUCUAAAUAAUGACCAAGAAUCUACAAUUAAUGGAUAUAAUGGUGGUAUUGCUACGAGUUCUAAAAAACCUACAGAAAAUUCAGAUAGCGUGUUAGUUAGUUGUUUACAUCCAAGUGAUUUGGUGUUCAAUCAACCUUUCCUUUGUCUUAUGUCACCAACCGAAUAUCCUUCAUCUAUUCCUGACACGUCACAAAUAGGUAGUUUGUUUACAUUGUUUCUUCAUGCACCUCUACUCGGUUUUUCAUUUAUUUCGGAUAUUGGAAAAAUUAGUUCCGAGACAUGGGGAAAAUGUGUGGAUUUAGUGAUCGAGAUUGAAUCGAAGAUCAUUGAGUUGUUUAAUAUAACUAAUCUUGAUAGACCAAUAAAGCGAUUUUUACAAGAUGAUUUCCUCCGACAAUUUCUUGUACGAUAUGUAUUAUGUUAUGCAAUCUUGAAAUCUCAUACAAGUUUUGAGGAAAAGCAUCUACCAUAUUCAUGUCCUCAAUUACCUUCCAGCAUAUUAGAUUCUCCUGAAAUAUUAACUCAAAUUAAAGAACUUGUAACAACAACUCAGGUAGAAUCUCGUUAUUCCUUCCCAAAUUUAGAGACUGAAGAAAAGGUUCCUAGUGACACAGAUGUUGAUAAGAUUGAAUAA